CCCAAAUCACACCUCAGCCUGCUCCUUUCUGGACUCAAGACAAGAAAAAAGGCAGGAUGGAUGUAAGUACCUCUAAUUCUCAGCUCGCUACGCUGCAUGCUGACGCUCUCUGUGGCAGCUGCCCGUCCUCUGGUUCUGCCCAGCAGGCCGGCCUCUGGCCCAGCCUGCCGCCGUCCGGGACCGGGUUCCCCGCGUGGCCGGGCCAGCCCGCCCAGCCGGGCCCGUGCUGGAACGGCCAGCCCAACACGGCCUGCUGGCCCGCCAUGCAGCCGUCCCCGGCCUCCGUCCCGGUUCCCACUACGGUCACGGUGCCUGCUCAGGUCGUAACGCCGACGCCGACCACGACGGUCCCCGCCUCGGUGGUGCCGCAGCCCUGCCAGCCCUGCUGGCCGGGGAUGCAGUACCAGCCGGCCCAGCCGCCGGCUCCCAUGCAGACCCCGGUCCCGGCAGCACCGGCCGCCACCGUCCACCCCAGCAUACCCGGCUGGCCCGCCAACCCGGGCUGGCCCUACAACCCCGGCCAGUCGGGCUGGCCUGGACAGAAUCCAUCCUUCAUGCCUUCAAACUGGCUUACCCCCACAUCCGGACCUUUAAGUGUACCGUACAACUUAAACCUGGCCCGCGGCGUGUACGACAAAAUGAUGAUGACCAUCCUGGGUCACGUGAAGCCUGAUGCUAAAAUGUUCACCGUGAACUUCCUGAGGGGCAACGACAUUGCUUUGCACAUCAACCCUCGCUUCAGCGAGGGCGGGAAGCAGGUGUUGAUCCGUAACCACAAGCUGGGCGAGCGCUGGGGCUCGGAGGAGCGGGACCUGAAGGGGUCCUUCCCUUUUGCUCUCGGAAGCCCUUUCGAGAUGAAGAUCCUGUGCACCCCCGAGACGUUCCGGGUGGCGGUGAACAACAUCCCGCUGUUUGAGUUCCGCCACCGCAUCCGAGAGCUCAACCAGAUCAACCGGAUCAACAUCCUGCACGACGUCGUGCUCACCUACGUCAACGUGGAGAACCUUCCCUAAGAAUUCUGCUUUCACGCCUCGUACUGGGGCGACCGGCCUGCGUUGCUAGUUGAGAAGAAUCAUAAUGAACUCUGCACACGACUUUAAUGCUCUACAUUCUGCAGAAACCAAAACCUUUCUAACCAAAUUUUGUGAAGCUUUAAUUUAAUGUUUCUCUGUGUUUUAUACCACUAAAGACCCGAUGCUUCAUUAAACUCAAACUAGUCCCUCUGCCACAGAAUUAAUCAUUUUAUUUUUUAGUUUAAUAGUAUUUAUUGUGUAAAAUAUUUUCUAUACUCUGAAACUUCUUCUUAUAUGUCAAAAUAAGAUAAAAAUCUUAAAUCAAACAUUUAAUAAAAUGACCUGAGAGAGAUACGCUCCAGUGUUCUCGCUGUUUAUUUUUAACGGUACAAUGCAGCAGCAUAAAACUGUUUUUAACAGUAAAACACACAAAAAAAAACUCUUUUAGAGAAAAAAGAACAUUAAAAUUUGUGCAAAUGUACAAAUACUAAAAUGUAAACUAACAAAUAUGAAUUAGUAACAUAUUAAAUUGUAAAAAAUGCACCAAAGUUACAGAUAUUUUGGCACAAAAACAUGAAUUUCACUGUUGACAGAAAUAAACUAAACAUCAG